GCAAAAUAGAAAUCUCCGCAAACAAACACACAAAAGGCACUUCCUACCGUUUUCUAUUCUCUUGUGUUUCCCAUUCUCUUUGGUAUAUGCUCCGGGAAUCUCGUCUUAUCCCUCCCCCACCCUUUUGAGUUUUGCCCGUAACUAACCCUCUCCCCCAAAAACACACACAGUCACACCCCAAAACACAAAAUCUAUGGCGCCAGCUACAACAACUUCCUUACUCCACCACAACGGCAUCUACUUCACAUUCUCGGCGCGUGACUCCCACACUCUCUUCUUCAAUCCGCACAAGGCUCUCCGUCCACCAAACAAACUUCCUCUCAGUUCACUAUCGUCAGUACCAUCGUCGCCGUUGGGCCGCCGUAGAACGCUUGUAUCAACUGUACCGGUAGAGUAUGUGCCUCCGGCUCCUGAUUUUGAAUUCAGUAAAGAACUAGCGCGCCUCCGUACUCUACGUUCCAAGAUAUCCGCUUGCAAAAAUUUGCGAGAUAAAAUACGUGUGGUUGAAUCUGAUUCGAAGGUGAAGCGAUAUUUUAGGAGAGAUCAUUAUAAAAACGGAUUUGCUAUGGUUUUAGAGUCGUUUAAUUUGGAUGAGUACGAGCUGUUUUUGCUCAAAUGCAUUGUCGCCGCGGGUCAAGAGCAUGUUUUAGGGUCGGGUUAUGACGCGGAUUCGGAUGUUGAUGGUGAAUUUGGGUCUGCGAGAGGUUCGUUGAAGGCCGCGCUUUAUACUUUGGUGGAAAUGAUCGAAAAAUGGGACGGAAUUGAUGAUCGACAGAUUAACGAGAAGAAGGUUGAUAGUGAAGCAUUGAGAUCAUUACUGAAAACUCUUCGAGAUGUUGAAGAGUUCUAUGAUUGUAUUGGUGGGAUUAUUGGAUACCAGCUAAUGGUUUUAGAGCUUCUUUCUGAGUCUGCACAUGCAGAGAAGAAUGUCAAUUUUCAGCAUAUAAAUAACUCUAACUCAAUAGGAUGCCAACUUUUAGAAAUUCAUCCUCCUAAUGUACUUGAUCUUUCUCAAGAUACAGAAUAUGCGGCUCAAGCUGCUUUAUGGGGAGUUGAGGGUUUGCCGCACCUGGCAGAGAUUUAUCCUCUUGGAGGCUCUGCUGACAGGCUUGGACUAGUGGACUCAGUCACAGGUGAAUGUCUCCCUGCAGCAAUGCUUCCUUAUUGUGGUAGGACCUUAUUGGAAGGCCUUAUAAGAGAUCUUCAGGCUAGGGAGUUCUUAUAUUACAAAUUAUAUGGAGAGCAAUGCAUAACUCCUGUUGCAAUUAUGACAAGUUCAGCCAAGAACAACCAUGAACAUAUCACAUUGCUGUGUGAAAGAUCCAAAUGGUUCGGAAGGGGUCGAUCAAGUUUCCAACUUUUUGAACAGCCACUUGUGCCAGCUGUUAGUGCUGAAGAUGGCCAGUGGUUAGCAAAGGGACAGUUCUCACCUGUUUGUAAACCUGGUGGCCAUGGUGUGAUAUGGAAGCUUGCUUAUGACAAUGGCAUUUUUCAGUGGUUUCGUGAUCAUAAAAGAAAAGGUGCAACUGUCAGACAAGUCAGCAAUGUUGUAGCUGCUACAGAUGUGACCCUGUUGGCAUUGGCAGGGAUUGGUCUGCAUGAAGGGAAGAAGCUUGGUUUUGCAUCAUGCAAACGCAACUUUGGUGCUACAGAAGGCAUAAAUGUGCUGGUUGAGAAAGGCAAGCCUGAUGGAACAUGGACAUAUGGUGUGUCAUGUAUUGAGUACACUGAGUUUGACAAAUUUGGAAUUGCUGAUGGAUCCCUUUCUUCCAAUAGUUUGCAGACAGAGUUCCCAGCAAAUACAAAUAUUCUUUAUCUGGAUUUGAAUGCUGCAGAGCUUAUUGGAUCGAGUAAAGAUGAGUCUAGUUUACCAGGAAUGGUGCUGAAUGUGAAGAAAACUAUCAACUUCAUAGACCACUUUGGAAUCCAGCAUGGUGUUCCAGGUGGGCGUUUGGAAUGCACAAUGCAAAAUAUUGCUGAUAAUCUUACCAAUAGUUUUCCCUCUCGAUGCUUUGAAGGUGUAGAAGAAAAGCUAGAUACCUUCAUAGUCUAUGAUCACCGAAGGAAGGUCACAUCAUCUGCCAAGAAGAAAAGAAAGCCUGCUGACAUGUCCUUGCACCAGACUCCAGAUGGUGCACUACUUGACAUAAUAAGAAAUGCAUAUGAUCUUCUUUCAUGCUGUGAUAUCAAGCUCCCUGAGAUUGAAACUAAUGAUAAAUAUGCUAAUUCUGGACCACCAUAUCUCAUCCUUCUUCAUCCUGCUCUAGGUCCUCUCUGGGAAGUCACUAGACAAAAGUUUCAUGGUGGUUCAAUUUCUAAUGGUUCUGAAUUACAAAUUGAGGCUUCCGAAUUCUUAUGGAGAAACAUUGAGCUUGAUGGGAGUUUGAUAGUCGUGGCCGAAAAUGUCAUGGGAUCUCAUAUUGACAAAAAUCAUGAGUCUAUACUACAAUAUGGCUACAGGUGUGCACGAUGCAAGUUAGAGAAUGUGAAAAUAUGGAAUAAGGGAAUAGACUGGAGUUCAGAUAAAAAUCUAUAUUGGAAGCACGAUGUUGAGCGGUUUGAGUCACUAAAAGUCAUAUUGCAUGGAAAUGCUGAAUUUGAAGCUGUUGAUGUUAACAUUGAGGGAAAUCAUUUGUUUCAAGUCCCAGAUGGCUACAAGAUGAGGGUCACAUCUGGAACUUCAGGUUUAUCCAUACAUUUAAAUCCUAUUAAAAAGGAAUUUAUGGAUUGUGGAAGCUGGUUCUGGAAGUACAUGCUAAAUGACGGACAUAUUCAAUUGGAACUGGUGGAGUUAGAGGAGGGAUCAUGAGAUUGUUUACCUUUUGAGAAUCAUCGUUCACAGAAGAACCUCAUUCAUCCCUUUCACCUUUCACCUUUCACCUUUCACCUCUGUGUGUGGUUGGUUGAACACAAGUUAAACCCCCCCUUCCCUUCAACCCAGUUAUCGUUGU